ACCCGGCGGCUAACCAUGGUCUACUAUCAAACCUCGGUCCUCUUUGAUGAAGAGGCCAACACGGCCUUGCUUGAUAAAUUGAAAGACAAGCGAGACAAGGCGCUCUUCCCGAGCUUGAACGUGGACAGAAAAUCCAAGACACCAUAUUCCGAUGCUACACAGACGAAGAAACACUCGCCCAAUCACGUCAAGCGCCCAAUGAACGCCUUCAUGGUUUUCUCUCACAUUGAACGGAAAAAGAUCAUCGAGUUUCAACCCGACAUUCACAACGCAGAGGUGUCAAAGGCUUUGGGCAAGCGUUGGAAGGACCUGAGCAACGAGGCCAAGGAGCCUUAUGUUCAAGAGGCUGAGCGCCUUCGCAUCCUCCACAUGCGGGAAUACCCCGAUUACAAGUAUCGGCCGCGUAAGAAGCCUUUGAAGACUGUGACUGGUGAUCCCAAACCCGGGGCGAACAAUAAUUGCUCAGUGCAAGGGGAGCCCAAAUCAGGACAUAUCCAAGUGACCACUGCCUCCAUUGACGUGACCAACACGGGCAAUGGAAACACCUUAAGGAUCACCAUCGACGAGAAGCUUCGCAAACAGUUCUUCAACAGACCUGUGGCUCUGGUCCCGAUCCCGUCGUCAUCGCAGAGACCCUCACUGCCUUCAUCGCCAGCUCAUUGCUCCAGCUCGUCGUCGCCCGUGCAAAGUGUUCCCAUAAGUCCCGGGUUGCCGCCCAGUCCUCCUGACUCAGUGUGCACCAAUUCUUCGUUCUAUCAGGAGACCCACCAAGAUUGCUAUCAGAGUGUCUACACCUCUCCAAUGGAAACGCCGCAAUUCCAUGGCCAAUACUCAAUGGGCUACGACCAGUAUGGAACCCCAAUGACUUACUAUCACAACCAGUCUUGGCCAGCCUGUGACUCGUCGGUUGAUCCUCAGCUGACCUAUGACAACUAUCACGGAUUGGACAGAUGGAUGUUCCGUUUGCAAGCCGUGGAAUUGCGGGCUAAGAUUGAUGCCACACGGAAAGAGCAGGAUAUGCGCAAAUUAGCGGCCAUGGUUCAAGCCGGUGAAGAGGAGGUGUUUUUGAAUCGACCAUUACAAACCUUCGCCUUCAAGAACGACCCCGAAGGUAUCUGCUAUGACCGGACUGAUAACGCGUUUGACGUGAUCUUGGAUUAUUGGCAUCCUUGGGAAAAGGCCGAAUUCGCCGAUUACUUCGAUAGGCGAGAGAAGCGGAAAGCCGACUACGAGGAAUACUAUAAAAAUAGUAUCAUGAAGAAGGGUUUGAAGGAUUGGGAAAAACUUCCCUAUCCCGCCCCGACGAACCUUCUCUAAUUCUUCUACCUUUGCACUCAGUAGUCUUUGAAUUGAAGCAACAUACAUAUGUAAAUGAAAACUAACGGCGACUCUCCUGAA